UCUUAAUUCUAUUGGUCGGUAGUAAUGAAAUGUCAAUUCUGACCAAUAGGAUUUUUGUUUUGAUAUUUUUGACAAGAUAAUAGUAAAAGAAGAAAACAAAAAUUCCCGCCGUCGCCUUUCGUUUGAUUCCUUCUAGGUUUUUUUGUUAAAAUUGUGCUUUAUUCAAAUAAUACUAUAUUGUUUUUAAUAUUAGAUAUAUCAUUGCAUCAAUCUAAGAUCAAGAAACGUUUCCUACUACGAAAAAUGGGUAAAAAAACUGCUGCAACUACUAACAAAAAUAAAGAAAAACGGCAAGCUAGGAAGCUUGAGCAGCGUCGAAUUGCUGAUGGGAUGUCCUAUGUAACGUCCGCCAACAAACUGACGGACUUGGCUUCCCUUUGCAAGGACCUUAUGAUCUACCGGAACAAUGAUCUGGAGGUGGACAUGUACAUCCAAAGAGUUGGUGAACUUGAUAAAAACGUACAUCAAUGGGCCAUAGACCUUACUGAGAGGAAUAUGAAAAGAUUGUACGAGACUUGUGCCUGGGGUUGGAAUAAAGAGCGUAAAGUGGAGGAGAUGACCGAUGACAAUGCUUGGUACCUCAUCGCUAAAGCCAAAAGCGGAUCAUUGCUUGCUUUCUCUCACUUCAGAUUUGAUCUGGAUUUUGGGGAACCUGUACUGUAUUGCUAUGAGGUGCAGGUGGAGGCCGAAGGCAGGCGUCGCGGGCUCGGCCAGCGCGUGCUGAGCGUGCUAGAGAAGCUCGCGCGCGCCACGCGCAUGCGCUACGUGCGGCUCACUGCGCUCACGCACAACCCUGGCGCUGCGGCCUUCUUCAGGGCUUGCGGGUACAGCUUGGACGAGACGAGUCCAGCGAAGGAAGAAGCAGCUCACUAUGAGAUCCUCAGCAAGGCAACGCACAGCGAGCCGGCGGCUGAUCAGUGUACACUCAGCGAUGGCAUGCAAGCGGUCAACGUCGCCACCGCCGACUCAUAGCAAUAUAGUCAGAACUACUUUGUAAUAGUUUAAUGUUGAGUAAUAAUCCCAGCAGUUAUACUACGAGAUCCUCAGCAAGGCUACACACAGCGAGCCGGCUGUUGAUCAGUCGCUGAGUUAUAGCUGGCGGGCGGUCAACGUCGCCACCGACUCAUAGCAAUAGUCAGAACUACUUUAGGAAAUAGUUUAAUGUUGAGAAUAGAAUAUUUGACGACAAUUACAGAUAGUGUAAUAAUAAUGUAGUCUAGCACUAAUUUAGAAAAUAGUAUAAUGUUAAAAAUAAGCCAUUAGACAACAGAAAUACUUAUAGAUGGCCUAAACUGAACUGUCCCACCAAACAAACUCAUUGAUAGGGGGGUGCUACCAUCGUUCAACUAUAUAGUUUUGGAAACUAUCAAAUCAAUUUGGCAAAAAUCGGAACCAGCGAUUGGGUAUUGAUGGUGGUGGCGCCCCGCUGUCAAUAUCACGGAUAGGACAGUUCAGUAUAUUGGAUCUAUAUGUGACAAACGCCGCUAAAGCUGAGCUUAGCAACUUUUUUCAAAUCCAAAAAUGUGAAAUACUCUUUGUUAUUGUCAUCUAAGUUGGCGUCACAUGCUGGUAUACUACAGAGGGCCUAGUGUGAGUUUACAUCAAACGCGCGCGAGUUUACAUGACAUUAAAUGUACGACGAUUGCACAGCGCCCCUAGCGGGAAACGUUCAAAAACUUCAGUGAGCGCGUUUGAUGUAAACUCACACUCAGCCCACUGGUAUGUUUAUAAUGCUAUAGAAAAUAGCGUAAAUUAAGCCGUAAAUUCUUUAUUGCUUACUUGAAUAAUUAAUUAUAAUUAUAUUUAAUAAGCACGCUAGUUUUUAGAAAUCAGUCAAAAUAAUAGCCUUUUGCACUAUUCUCGUCGCAAAACCAGUUACAUAGGCAGUUCCUUUUUCACAACAGAAGAACAAUGUUAGUUAUCAAAACAAUAUUAUAUGUAGUGUUUAUGUGUAGACACACGUAUUUCAAAGCGAUCUAUGAAAUUCUUAAAUGGUUUUUAAUGUGUAGUGUAGGAUGUAUUUGAUUUGUCAAUCUCAUAUUUUUUGUCAUACUUGACAAUAAUUGUGCAGUCAAAAUCAAAAAUAACAGUGAAUGUGCUCAAAUCUUACAAAUCAUACAGUAAUCCCGUGCGACGCGUCAAUAACUGUAAAUAUAUUUUUGAUGUUGAUUGUGCCUGUAAGUGUAAGUAAAUAAGUAGUGUAAAGGCCCUUAAUUUAAAACAAAAAUACCCAAAUAUGAAUCUUCAAGCGUACUUAAGUUUAAAUUUACCUUUGGGCAUCGUUUUAGAAUACGGCCUAAGUGUUAGACUAAGCUAGGUAGCACAGACCGAUAUUUUUAAGGCUGAAUCUGUAGCACUAAUAAAUCGUUUAUAAUUAACUUCGCAUAUAAAAUAAUACGUUUUGUACAAGAAAAUCAACUGCGCUUAAACAAUAUUUUUAUAGUGUAUAAAUCAUCAAAAGAAUGUAUUACUGAUUUAUUUUCCAACAAUUUGUACUUUGAUUGAAGAAACUAAUAAAUUAAGAUUUAUUUAA